AUGGCGUCAGAGAAGUGCGCAGUUAAAAUGGAGGGCGCCACGUGUGAGCUGAGGUCUCGCGUGCCUGCAGCAAAUUCAUCCUCCCCACGCUCCUCCCUCUUGUACAUAACCAGAUUCAUCAUGCCUCGUGGUCACAAGAGCAAACGCCGCGAUAAACGUUCACAGGGGAGAGGUGACAGACAGGGUAGUGAGGUGGCACAGGAAGCAGUAGCACCCACAGCAGAAGCAGCAGCAGCAGAAGUAGAAGCCGCAGCUGCAGCAGCAGCAGAAACAGCAACACGAGUUCCAGCAACAAAAGCAGAAGCACCAGGAGCAGAAGCAGCUGUAUGUGCAGCAGCUGUGGGAGGAGAAGAACAAGAAGAGGAAAAGGAGUCUUCUUUUUCCAAGAGCCCAUGGAGUGCUGCUUCCUUUAGCCCUCCCCUGACAACUGGUAGGAGAUCACCAUCUGCUGGUGGUCACUCUGCAGAUGGCUCUGUUGUCAGUUCUCGCCAUGGUUCCAGUUGCUUUUACAAGUUAGAGAUGCUGUCGUCGGUCCACAGAAAGUACAGAGAUGAAUUUCCUCGGAUUUUCAAGAGUGUCCAAAAACAGCUGGAGGCGGUCUUCGCAGUUGAAGUGAGAGAAGUGGAGUCCACCCGUCACUCCUACAGCCUUUUCAGCAUGCUGAGCCUCCCCAACAAUGGGAGGAUUCGCCCUGGCAGGCGCUGCCCCAAGACCAGGCUGCUGAUGCAAACCCUUGCUCUGAUCCUCAUGAAAGACCACCGUGCUUCUGAGGUAGACAUCUGGAAAUUCCUGAAAAAGAUGCACGUGUAUCCCGGCAAGAAGCACAUAUUUUUUGGAAAUGCCAAUAGGCUCCUCACUCAGGAUUUUGUGAAACUGAAAUACCUGGAGUACCGGCAGGUGCCCGGCUGUCUUCUUCCACGCCGCGAGUUCCUGUGGGGCCCCCAAGCCCAUGCUGAGAUCAGCAAGGAGAAAAUCAUGCAGUUUUUAAUCAGGAUCAAUAGGCUCUGUCCUUCCUACUUCUCAUAUCUUAAUGAAGAUCUUGAAAGAGAGGACAUAGAACAAUUCCAAGCCUCGCUUUCUGCCAAGCGCGUCUCUACUGGCAAACCAAGGGUAUUUGCCCCAGCCUUGCAUCCUGUUGCUCCUGCCAAGUCCAUAAAUGUUUGA